AUGAACCCCGCGGCGGCGGCGGCGCGCCGGCCCCCCCGCUACGAGAGGAUCCCCCCCGGAGAGGGGGAGUACCAGGAGCCAACGGGGGGACACGACCCCUCCCCUUUCCUAACCCCCGCCUCCCCCCCCCCAGCUCCCUUCACCAACCCAGGCUACCGCCUCCUCCUGGCCACCUACGCCCAGCCAAUGGGAGGGCUCGCUCGGACCCCCCCGGACGGGGCCAAGCCAAUCAACACCGACGCCUCGGAGGGCGGGGCCGAGGCCUACGCCGAAGCUGACGUCAUCGGAGGCUCCGCCCACCCCGCUUCCGGCCACGCCCCUUGCCCCGCCCUCCCGACCUUCCCACGCCAGCGCCUGCGCUUCCGGCAGAAGCUCGGGGAGGGGCAGUUCGGAGAGGUGCUGCUCUGCGAGGUGGAGGAGCCCCAGGCGCUGCCGCCGGGGUCCCGCCCCCCGGAGCUGCCGCGAGGGCGCCCCCUGCUGGUGGCGGUCAAGGUGCUGCGGGAGGACGCGAGCGAGAACGCGAGGCGGGACUUCCUGCAGGAGGCUCGCACCAUGGGGCGCCUGCGGGACCCCAACAUCGUGCGGCUGCUGGGGGUGUGCGGGGGGCCCGGCCCCCUCUGCAUCGUCACCGAGUUCAUGGAGCACGGGGACCUGCACGGCUUCCUGGGCGGCCCCGCCGGCAGCGCCCUCAGCCUGCCCACGCUGCUGCACGUCGGGGCUCAGAUCGCGUCGGGGAUGCGUUUCCUGUCGCGACUGAACGUGGUGCAUCGCGACCUGGCGACGCGGAACUGCCUGGUGGGGGCGGGAGUGACGGUGAAGGUGUCGGACUUCGGCAUGAGCCGGCCCCUCUACGGGCGGCACUACUACAGGGUGUGGGGCAGAGCCCUACUGCCCAUCCGCUGGAUGGCCUGGGAGUGCAUCCUCAUG